CGAGAAAUAGCCCCGGCAGACAACGAUAGCCGUACGAUCUUGCUGCAUAGACGCGCCGCCGAGGCGAGGCCCAGAGCAAACCCUAGAGAAACCCCGAGGCAAGCACAACACCAGAUGGCGUCCGCCGGCGGCGACACCAAGGGGAGGAAGCGCAAGUUCCUGCCCCACGGCAAGCCGGUGCGGAAGGGCGCGUACCCGCUGCGCCCCGGCGUGCAGGGCUUCUUCAUCACCUGCGACGGCGGCCGCGAGCACCAGGCCACCCGCGAGGCGAUCUCCCUCCUGGACACCUUCUACGAGGACCUGGUUGACGGGAAAGUAUUUGAUGAGAAGCCCAAGAGCAUCCCUGACAAGCCGCUGAACAAAAAGAUAAAGUUUGACGACUCUGAUUCCUCUGAUGACGAGGAUGAAGGUCAUCCAGUGGAGGAGGCUAACAAUGGAAAUGAUGCAGAAAAAGGUGAAGCCAAGUCAUCUGAGCAGCAACAAGAGGUACCUGGUGCCUUGGAAAUUGCCAGCAAGGAGGAUGAAGAACAAGUGGAAACUGCUGGUGGAUCAGCGCCAAAGAAGCAACGUAUAGAAGAUCCUCUGGUUUCUGAACAGACAGAACCAAAAGCGCCCACUGAUGAAACAACAGAGACUACUGAUGAUACUCCAAAAGAGUCCACUGAUAAACCAGCAGAGACUACUGAUGAUAAGCCAAAAGAGUCCACUGAUAAACCAGCAGAGACUACUGAUGAUAAGCCAAAAGAGUCCACUGAUAAGCCAACAGAGACUAGUGAUAAACCAAAAGCGUCCAACGAUAAACCGAAAGAGUUCACUGGUAAACCAAAAGCGUCCAAUGACAUACCUAUUGAUGAUUUAAUUGAUGAGGACCUGAAACAACUGGGGGACAGGAAAAAGAGGCUGUUUGCAAGCGUUGAUUCCGGUUGCAAUGGUUGCAUCUUCAUUCAAAUGCACAAAAGAGAUGGAGACCCUGGUCCAGUUGAGAUUGUACAAAGCAUGAUGUCUUCGGCUGCUUCAACUCGUAAACAUAUGUCCAGGUUUAUUCUGAGGGUGUUGCCUGCUGAGGUGGUAUGUUAUGCUUCAGAAGAGGAAAUAACAAGAGCCAUUGCUCCACUUGUUGAAAAGUACUUCCCCAAAGAAUCUCCUUCGGGACAUAAGUUUGCUGUGUUAUACGAAGCAAGGUCAAACACAGGAAUCGAUAGAAUGAAAAUUAUAAAUGCAGUUGCAAAAUCUAUACCUCAACCUCACAAAGUUGACCUCAGCAACCCCGACAAGACUAUUAUUGUCCAGAUUGCCAAGACUAUAUGCAUGAUUGGAGUGGUGGAGAGAUACAAAGAGCUUUCGAAGUUCAACCUAAGGCAGCUGACCUCACCACCGGAGAAGUAGUUUCUGCGUGAGAAAUUCUUCCUCCUGGUUGAGUUUUAAUCAUAUGCGGUAACUAGCUACUGUGAAAGUCAUUGCCAAAUGAUUCAGAUGUAUUAUGUCGUUAAAAAGCAUGGUCAUUGUCGUGUGGAUGCAUCCUGGAUUGCUUGCUUAAUGCCGUAUGGUGCAAUUUUGGAACCUGUUGAAUUUCCUACUACAGCAAUCGUUGGAAUAAAGGGUUAGUUAGAUUCAUGCAA